AUGCUUUUUACUCAAUGCUCUUCGACCUCUUCCUUAUCAUCUCGACUUAUUCUGGGUUUACUGUUUACAUCUUACUACACUCUUACCCUUGCAUAUGACUUUGUAAUAAUUGGUGGUGGUACAUCCGGUCUCGUGAUAGCCAACCGUCUAUCAGAAAUCCCCAGCAUAACCGUCGCUGUAAUCGAAGCAGGCUUUUCAGUUCUCAACAACACAAAUGUCAGUCGAGUGGAUGGAUUCACACUUGGUCUUAAUACGUCAAUUGACUGGCAAUAUGAGAGUACAAGUCAAACUUAUGCGGGUGGUAGAACGCUUGAAUUUAAUGCCGGAAAAGCAUUAGGGGGAACGAGCACGAUCAAUGGAAUGACAUAUGUACGAGCCGCACCUCAACAAAUUGACUCAUGGGGACAACUUGGUAAUACUGGCUGGAAUUGGUCCACUCUCUAUCCGUAUUAUAAGAAGAGUGAAAGUUUUACAAUCCCGACUCAUGCUCAAACAGCAGCAGGUGCAUCAUAUGUUCCCGCAUUUCAUGGAGAAAAUGGACCUCUUAAGGUUGGGUAUGCGUAUGAUCUCAACAAUGGUUCUCUUUUCUCUCAUGUAGGAAAAGCCUGGGAAACUCUCGGAGUGAAGAGGACACAGGACAUGAAUGGUGGAAAUGUAACUGGAUAUAUGGUGGGACCAUCUACCCUCGAUCGAGAGAAGAAUGUAAGAGAAGAUGCUGCGAGAGCUUAUUAUUAUCCUAUUCAGGGUAGGUCGAAUUUGCAUGUGUUUUUGAAUACUACCGCCAGAAGAAUUGUUUGGGGUAGUAACUUGGGAGCGACGUAUACGGCAAGUGGUGUAGAGGUAUUGAACUCGAAUGGGGAGAUUGAAGUUAUCAAUGCGACAAAGGAAGUCAUCGUUUCAGCUGGAACUUUGAGAUCACCAGCUAUACUAGAACUUUCUGGUAUUGGGAACCCAACUAUCUUGCGAAAAUAUGGUAUACCUAUCAACAUUAUCCUCCCCGGCGUAGGGGAGAACCUCCAAGAUCAACCCAACAAUGUCCUCAUCUACCAGGGUAACACCACAUACAACGGAACAGUGCCUUAUGUAACUUAUGCUCCGUUAUCCUCAAUUCUUCCAAGUGUACCGGCUGCGAACAUAAGUACCUGGGCAUCAUCAAUCUCUGCUGCAAUCAAUAGCUCCAUUUCACCUGGAGCUAUGAAUUAUCUUUUGACCAUUCAAAAUGAUCUCAUCAAUCAAAAUGUCCCAGAUAUCGAGGUUAUCUUCGGAAACACAGUAACCCUCGGUUCAGGUCCAAGUGUCUACCUAGACACGGCGUUCUGGGGUCUCUUACCAUUCUCUAGGGGUAACGUCCAUAUUUCUUCCUCAGACCCUACCAUCUAUCCAACCAUCAACCCCAAUUUCUUCCUCGUAGAUUUCGAUCUCAAAGUCCAAGUCGCAAUUGCAAAAUGGACUCGAAAAUUUUGGGCGGCCAAACCAUUAGGUAGUGCGUUCACCGAAAUAUCGCCAGGGUAUGCGGUUAUCCCUAAAAAUGCUACCGAUGCACAAUGGGAAAUUUGGAUCAAAUCAACAUUUGGCCCGAAUAACCAUCCAGUCGGUACAUGUUCUAUGCAAGGAACCACAUCCGGCGGAGUAGUGGAUUCUAAUUUGAAGGUAUAUUUGACAAGUAACGUGAGGGUAAUUGAUGCUUCUAUUUUACCUUACCAAGUUAGUGGACACUUGACGAGUACUCUGUAUGCUGUUGCGGAGAGGGCAAGUGAUAUUAUCAAGACCAUCAAUAGACUGGUAUAA